AUGCAGCAGCAUCCGCAGCGUCACCUAAUCCACCAGAGGUCGGUGGUGGGGAUCGUGGCGGCUGGAGCGGGGGCGCCGGCGAGGAGGAGGUGUGAAGGGACCGCCAUGGGGGCCAUCACACUCGACCUCCGGCCUGGGCUCGGGCUCGGGCCAUUCACUCUCGGUACCAAUCCGUCUUCUCCUCUACGUGUGCAUCUGGCAAAAGUCAUUUUACCGGAACAAUUCUGCAUCAUCGGAAGCAAGGAUUUUGGCUCUGAUAUCCAAAAUUCAGUCUGAUGUUAGACUUUACGGCAUUCAAACCAUUUUUAUGUAUCAACAAACACACUUCCUAUCUCCGUCCGCACUAGUUGGAAAGUCAUUUCCCUGGUUUUGCUUUCGCGAUAUCAGUGAAUAUUUAUUUGAACUAUUUUUCAUGACCUCAUAGUUUAAAAUGCCGAGAAGUUGACUAACGUAGGCUUAUGUGCAUCAAAAUUAAUUACAUAUUGCAUAUUAUAUAGGUUAUGUAUACCAUGAUUCCGAUUAAUUUUGACGUCCUUUACAAAAGAAUCUGUAGAAUAUUAAGAAAAACCCUUUGGUUUAAAAAAUCCUCCUUUAGUCUGGCUUUCGUAAAUAUCAGAGGCAGUGGCCUUCCUUCAACGAAUUCAAAAUUCGCUUGCUCUUAACUCGGAAGGCAUUCAUGCGUAAGCUGAAUAGCUACGAUUGCUUUUGGAAUGGACCUUUCUGGAACAUGUGUUCCUUAACUGCCACGAUAUCAAAGUGUCUGAUUUCCGUACUAGAUCAUGUGAUUUUAUAUCAUACACCAAAUUACAGCAAUUUUUUUAACUUCUGUCUUCUAAAUGAUGGUCUUUGCACUUGGAUGCAUCAAUUUUUUUUUAAAAAAAACAUUGCUGGCUUAGGUAAACAUGGAAGUGACAAUUUUAUUUUGAAAUUUUCUGUGUAAACGUGCUUUCAUGAAAUGCAAUCCAUAAUCAUUAUGAACAUGUACUACCAAAGCUUGUAUGUGAACAUUUGGGUUUUUAUUUACACGUACAAGCACAGAAGAAAAAUAUGCUUAGCAUCCAUGAAUGGAAUUUGAAAAAGAAACGGGAAAAAUGUGUUUGGCUCACAAUUACUUGAGGAACCAGAGUUAUUUGUGUUGUAACGUAGCAUAUCUCUGUAGUGUGGCAUUACUUUAGGUUGAUGUAGUUGUCCUCGUUAUGGUGUGAAACUUUUUAUCAUAUGCAAAUGAAGUAUUGAUCAUGACUCUUGUGCAUAUGUUGCAACUUGUACUGCUCAAAUGUGCGGCGUGAUUAAUGAUUGCAUCUUCUGAAAUCAACAUUAGAUUUUUGCCAAACGUAGUUUAAAUUUAAUAUUUUCGUCUUAGUACGUCAUAGUACUUGCAUGAACGGACUCAACAUCUGAGUUGCAUAGAAUGUAGAAUGCCACCUGAAAAACCGUUUUUCUUGUAGGUUGUUAGAUUUCUUAUGAGCUUUGCGUUGACAUAAGUUAUUUCCUCCAGGAAGGGAUAUCUUAAUGCUUCAUAUCUUCUGCAGGGAUGCCCAUAGGUGAUGCAUUUCAUCAAGUUGAACAGCAACCCCACAUCUAUGAUGUGGUCCGUGUGAAGUAUCUUGAUGAGGUUUGGUAUUUGGUCUUAGAAAACAUCCAGUAUUUGGAUUUUGCACGUGAUAUUAUUAAUGGGCAUUUUAGUAAAUAUCCAUUGUUUAUUUGAUGGGUGUGCUUGACGAGAACGCAAUGGGAGAAGUAUCAGUAAUCUUUUAAUCAAGUGCUUUCCAUUAAGUAAUGCAGCACUGAGAAGAACAAGUGUUCCAUAACUGCUUUGGGCGUAUGAUUGGUUAAGAAUAUAGAUACAGUUAUUUAUAUAUGCACAUUUCUCAUAGCCAGUUUUAUCAUAGUUUAAGGAUGGCAUCAUUGUUUUGUUUGGAGCUGCUCAGAUUUUUUAGGUUAUUCUUGCAGGAACCGCUAAAAUUGGACAUUGUUAUCAGCUUUCCAGACCAUGGUUUCCACCUUCGUUUUGAUCCCUGGUCACAGGUAUACUUUCUUGAUGAUAGCUUUUACCAUAGCAAAAGAAAACGAAGCAGAAAAUUUGUUAUGCUCAUACUAUUGGCAGAGCCUUGUUUUUGGAAUUAAAACAUCUUAUCUUGUUUUCAUAUUUUUAAUUUACAAAUUGGGAUGUGAUGCAAUAUAACAUAAGAAGAAAUUUAUGCCAGAUUUCUGCUAGGUGUCAAAUUGUUAAAUGGUUAGCGAAUAGGCCGUACCUAGAAAUUCAAUAUAGAUAUAUAAAUAUACAUAUAUAUAUAUAUUGGAUAUUGUUAUCAGCUUUCCAAUAUAUAUAUAUUGAGGACAUGAUCAAAAGAUUCACUUUGGAUAGACAAUUGGGAUCAUCUGCAGGUUCCUAAGGAAAUAGAUUCAAACUCUUACACCUUGACUCCUAAAAACGAAUUUUAAAGCUUAAAUGCGUAUUCCUAUUUGAAUAGGACGUAGGAAUUGAGCCUGAUGGUUCUGAUCCAGUUUUAGUAUAUUCCCGUUACUUUUUUUGCCAAACUCUUACGACUAAAGUUUUUGGAUAUUACUCAAUAACUUUAAGAGGGAUGCAUUUGGACUACGAAGCACACCCACAUCACAAACCUCAUCAUUUCAGCUCUGGGCGGAUCUGCAUUCAAUGACUUUAUAUAGUUCUAUUUAAUAGGAAUUGUAAAAAAAAAUAUACAUCAAUGGACAUCUCGAUCUGCUUUAGCGAUGAUGAUUUUUGGUUAUGUUUUAAUGCCCAUAGACAAAGAUUUAGUGGGAUGAUGGAAUCUGCAAUCACUUUUUGAUACAGGAGAUAUUCUUAUUUUCACAUCUUCGCAGUAACAUGUCAAGACAAGACAAAAUUUGACACGACAAACUCAGGAGAAGAAAUUGUAUUUCUUCUUGGGGUUUUAUUGCUUUUACUACCAAUACUGAUUCAUUUUACAGGUUUCAAGUAAAAUUUAGUUUACUGGAAUGUCCUUCUCCGACUAUAUAGAUGUAAUGCAUAUGAUUUACUGCAAACUUUUACCAAUGACUCUGGCAAUAGCGAACGACAAAUAGUCACUCAUCAAUUCCUUGACUCUAUGUAAGGAGCUUUUUUGGUGUGAUGUUGUUCUAAUUCGUAUUGUUUUCCAGAGGCUACGGCUUAUUGAAGUUUAUGAUGUCAAGCGAUUGCAGAUGCGCUAUGCAACUAAUCUAAUUGGGUCUGUAUUACAUGACAGUGGCUUUGGCUUAGUGAAAUUUAUGUCGUAAUAAUUUUCUUAUCUUCUUUACCUCUUUGUUAGUUAUCUUAUGCCAGUUAUUGUUUUCAGUGGUCCUUCCACGCUUGCAACUUUUGUGGCCGUAUAUGCACUUUUUGGUCCAACAUUCCCUGGAAUUUACGAUGAAAGCAGAGGCGUUUACACUUUAUUUUACCCCGUAUGUAUUCCUAAAAUUACCAUCAGAGCUGUACAUCUUCAUUUGCUUUUGUGUGCUUCUUUUGUGGUUUACUUGAUCUCUGUAUUAUCAGGGACUAUCCUUUGCUUUCCCUAUUCCAUCUCAAUAUUCAAGUUGCUGCCAGAAUGGAGAAGGUAUGCUCAUGGUAUGUAUGAUUUGUUAUAAUGUCUAGUCUGGUAGUUAAAAACUCUAAUGUUUUCCUUGUUAUUGGCAGUUGCACCAGAAUUGCCCCUGGAGUUUCCUGAUGGGACAACUCCUGUUACAUGUCGUGUAUCUAUAUAUGAUAACUCCUCUGACAGUAAAGUUGGCGUGGGGUUCAUGAUGGACAAAGCUUUAGCUCCUCCAUUACCUUUGGAUAGCCUCUACAUGGAAGAACUACAAGUUAAGGUGCAUAAUGUACUUCUCAUUUUUAUCUUUUUUUCAUUUGCAGUUAUAUAAUAGUUAUUAUAUCAUAUUCUGUUAAUUUUUUUAGUUGUCUUGUUUGAUGUGUGAUGUUUAAUGUUGUUUGGGAUAAUAUUUCUGAUAUCUUGCAUUGUAGUGUUCUUUUUAGCUGGAAUAGAUAGCUGCUCCUCAAGGAAUGACAAUGGAAUCACUUUCAAUUUAGAGCUUGCUGCAUUCCCGUGGGAAUUGUGGGUGGUGCUUAUGCAAGAUGGCAGUGUCGGCAGACAAGAUGGAGACAUGGAUGUUGGUCCCUGAAAAGAGGGUGCUUUCACAACUUUUGCAGUUAAAGGCAGGGAAAGGGGACGCCACUUAAGUUGUUACUCGACUGGAACUUAACAAAUGGCCUUCGUCAGUGUAGUGAGAAGCAUGGUAUGCUAUAUUAGUUGAUUCCAAUUUCAAUCAUCCAUGGCUGCUCCUAUUUAGGAUGGGUAUUGCCCCGCUGUCCUCCCCUUGAAAUCCAAAGAGGAAAGAUCCAUCCAGAAGUUCGUCCAUCCCACUUAUAUCAUCCAGUCUCUGGGAUUAUUGCUAUUGUUGGAGGGAUAAUAUGCUAGAACCACAGUCAUGGCUCACUGGCAGAUUAUGCUGAAAGAAGAGGGAAGGAAAAGUUGAUGGCAGGAGAAAACGAAGAAAUAAGAAAAACAAAAUUCGUGUGUGCGCUACCUUUGAUCUUUCAUGCAGCCCACAAGAGAAAAAGGCAUUUGUGGGAGAGGGAGGGGGUUUACUGUGUGUUUUUCAUUUUAUUUGAAAAACUUAGACUUUUGCUGGAGAUGCCAUUAGCCGGCAAAGGACUAUUGCUCAUGUCGCAGAUAGCUACUCAUUCUAUCUGGACUUAACUAGGCCCCUGGAAUACCUUCUAAAUACAUGGCCUUGGGUAGGAAAGGCAGAGGAUGGGGCGAACAUUUGCGCAUUUUGCUUUCUUGAGUCUGAGACUCGACUAGAGUAUGACUUCAUGCAUGCACGUGAAUGAUAUAUAACGUACUGUUGGUGGACCAUUCAAUUCAAAGUGGUUUUUGCUUGAUCGGACUGCAAGUCUGCAUCAAGUGGAAGCUGGGUCCUGACUAGUUCAUCAAAUUAUGGCCAAACCGAAUAUGAUUUGCACUGACCGGCUCAGAUGGCUUUAUGGAUUCUUCACGUCUAGAAACUUAUCAAUCUUUGUAACAUAAUUUUAGUUUCAGUUCAAUAUGGUCUGAUAUGCACUAACAGGCAGGGUCUAGUAGAUAUCAUUAUCAUUGCAGUGAGUUGCAAAGCACUGGUGACAUCAUUCAAUUCCAACAUUUCUUGUAAAAUCUGUUUUCUUGCCAUGUGGUUGGAGAUCUUCUUUUGACCAGAUUUGAUGUUCCUCAGAUUAUUUUUUGCCUGAAAUGAAGCAGGAUUUCCUGUGGAGUUGGAGCUUUCACUGAAAAACAAGAGUAUAAGACAGUUUAAUUGUGGUAGCCUUCGUGUAUGCCUGGGAAAAACCCUGAACAAGUUAACAGGGGAGGGGUUGGUCUCAUGGCUAGGCAAUAAUUCUAUGUAGGAAGUUAUCCAGUUUCAAAGAGGGUUUAAUACGGAACUGUUUAUCUUGUCAUAUCAUUGCAGAUGAAGGUAUUGAGCAUAAGUUACUUCCCAAAGUUGGAGAUGCAUGUUUCUAUUUGGGGGAUUCUAUGUUAAUACUCCACAGAUGUGAUAAAUUUAUCUUAUUUUUUGGGAUGCACUUAGAUCUCGUGCAACUGCGGAGCUAGGAGGAUUCCUUAGAUAUUAUGUUUGUUGUGUGCUAGUUAUCACCUGAUAGUUGAAAACAGCUAUCUAUUCUUCAAAUGAUGUCUACAAUGGGUACUCAAAGUUGAUCCCAAGGUUUGGUGACUUGCGUCCUACACAUUGUGUUAUUCAGACAGAAUCGAUGAGAAUAAUGCUUAAAAGAUGAUUGGUGGAAAGAUUGGUCAUUGAAUUUGUGCUAGGAUUCUUUUUCGUUCUGCAGAAAGAUAACCCUCUGAUUUUGACUCGGUCGCUGGCUAGUAUAAUUUUCACUAUCUUAGCAUGAACGAGUUUUUCUACAAAGGGCUUUUUCAAGCGCAUACUAAGGCCCGCACAUGUAAAUCACCUGUUCUUUUUUAUAUUGAAUAUGUGGCACUAAUUUCAUAAAAGAAAAAAUAUAAUUUUUCACAGGUAAAUAUAUAUUUAUUCUCUUAUGUCAUAUUUAUACCAUGAGGCAUCUGACUCUCAUCGCCCAGGGUAUUAGAUCUGUGCUUCAUUUUGCCUAAACUGCUCAAUCAAGAGCCGACUAGGCCAUCUUAGAUGGUCCUAAUGGGGUUGGAAACAUUUCUCGCAAGCGGAUUAAUGUUGCCACUCAUCCUUUCAUCAGCUUGUACAACUGUUUUACCUGUUAUUGGAAUUUUUGCCGCAUGACAGAAUAGGAAAUUUAUGGUGUAGACUGUUGGUCUUUCUUAGAACAAACAUGCUGUAGUUUCACCUUUCCGAGUAUGGCCAAUUCCUGAAAUUUCUGUGCGAUCCACUGGUCAGUCCUGUAAAUCCCCAACCCAGAUUACUCAUAAAUAAAUACAGAUACCUUGUUCAUGGGAAAUAUUUUUUCACUGUGGAGGUAGGCCACAGUAGAAAUUUAUCAAUGGUAAUGGCCAUAUAGCUCAUCCUUUACGAAUUAAGCAUUACCGUGACAAAAAAUCUGACUUGGUUUAUUAUUGCUUUCUGAUUCAUCGGAUUUUUGAAGCUUGGUGAGGGAAUACGGUUUUCUGUUGGAGGUCAGCAUAUUCCUUUUGGUGCGUCUCCACAGGCAAGAACUCUAUCACCAGCUUCAUAUGUUGCACAAGUUAUCUGUUCUACUUUUCCUGCCAAAUGACAUUUUCUCUGAUAUUUGGCUCUUUAGAUGUGGUAAAUUAAUGUCUUUGAUCAAUGUCCGCUGUUGUGAUAUCCGGCACUUUGGGUUGAUGAUAUUAUUCUAUGUAUAAAUGUAGGUAGCUGUACUUUGUGGUACGUACACUUUGCUUCAUUUUAUGUUGGACCCUGCUUCUUCUCAUGUUUAUUACCCAAAGUUGCAAGCUACAUGCCUUGCUUGAUUAGCCAAGACCCAGAAAAACAAGAGAGACAACCCUUUAGCAUUGUAAAACAUUGUUAACAAUCUAGAUGAUUGACUUUUAUUUUUCUAAUUUCACAGGCACGUUCCUCCUGCUAUUUGACUUUUGCGUUGCUGACAGCUACUCCAUGCAUGCUUCUCUCUGGCAUUUCAACUUUUUAGCUGCUCGAUUGAGCUGCAAACUAUUCAUCCUAUUGCUUUUCCUGCUGUUCUUUCCCGACUGGGUUUUAUCUUCUUACUUAAAUGGUGCCUUUAUCAAAAAUCUUCCUCUCUUUUUGUCAUAGGACGUGUGGACUGAGCUGGGCCGUCCUUGUGGAAUCCAUCAGAAACAGGUGAGGACGUCCGACUAAUGGGGGCUUAUUGCUCUCAUAGGACUUCAAUCUCUUCACUUAACCAACAACAUGGAUUCCAAAAUAGGCUUCUUUUUUUUUUUAAAGUAAACUUAUGGGAUUCUCAAAAUAUGCAAGGCCCCACAUUUUUAUUUUUUUUCCUCAUAUUUGCUCUUAUAUCACUUACUAAUUCUGGAAUUUCCUGUUAUUGUCAAUAUCUUCAGUAGAUUCUAAUGGACGUUGUACUUUUAGGUGGAUCAAAUGGUUAUUCACUCCGCCUCCGAUCCUCGUCCUCGUAGAACUCUCUGUGGUGAUUAUUUCUACAACUUCUUCUCUCGCGGUCUGGACAUCUUAUUCGACGGACAGGUAAUCCCAUCAUCCUGCGAAGUUCGUCCCGGACCAGUGUUCUUCAUUCAAGAAAUCUCAGGCUCUCCACAUCUCACUUGGCAGACGCAUAAGAUCAAGAAGUUUGUGUUGCAUACGAACUUCCCCGGGCAUUCCGAUUUCAAUUCAUACACAAAAUGCAAUUUUCUCAUUGAAACCGAUGGUAAGUUUCAUUGGAUUCAUUAAACUAGCAGUGGCCAGGUUAUUUAGUAUAUUUACUCUAUUUCUGCAGCUGAAGAAGAAACGGCACUUCUGGCCGUAAACACUGCCAAACAUUGCAUCACACCGAGCACAAAGUGGGAGCAAGUGAAGGUAUGAGAUUCUUAUUAAGAAUAUGGUAUCAGAUGAGCAGAUUAGAUGUUGACUUUCUCCGCCGUCUUUCUUGUGCAUCUUAAAGUGACAGCAGGCAGUUCAAAUCCUAUUACCUUUGGCUUCCUUAAAAACCUUUUAUUUUUUGCAAUAAAAUAAAUCAUUUAUUAUCAAAGUCUGCAGUUUUAAAAAGAUAGGACCUUUUCUAGAAUUCUGUUCGUAAAGAUUUUCACUUCAAAAUAACCAUCGAUGCAAUUUUUUCUUCGUGAGUGCCAAUUUUUAUUUUAUUUUAUUUACUUCUUGCAUGCUUUGCUACAGAAUUCUGUUGAUCAGAAAGUCAGAUUAAAUGCUAUGCAAUCAGAUCCUUUUCCCCUGAGGUUGACUUUCUCUGCCGUCUUCCUUGUGCAUCUUUUUUAUCAAUUUAUCCCUGAAAGUGACAGCCAGCAAUUCAAAUCCUAUUACCUUUGGCUUCCUUAAAAACUUUCUAUUUUUUGCAAUAUAAAGAAAUCAUAUAUUAUCAAUGUCUACAUAUUAAAAAAAAAACAACUAUUUACUUGAAAAAAACCAUCGAUAUAAUUUUUUCUUCGUGAGUGCCAAAUUCUUUUUUUUUUUUCUUUGCUGCUUGCUUGCUUUGCUUUCAAACUCUGUUGAUCAGAAAAGUCAGCGAUGAGACUUUUGGGUUUUGUUUUUGUAGGAAAUCCUUGGGGAUGGUGGCCGUGCCGCCAUCCAGACACAGGGCUCCAUGAACAAUCCUUUCGGGUCAACGUUCGUUUAUGGGUACCAGAACGUAGCAUUUGAGGUAAUUUCUUUUUUAAUUUUAUUUUUUUAUGUUCUAAUAACUUUGUCACCGCCGCAAUCUUUCUGCUUCAUCUCCUCACACUGAUCCCCCACCCUAAAUUUUCCCAUCAGGUGAUGAAAAAUGGGUACAUAGCGACGGUGACCCUAUUCCAGUCAUAA